AUGUGUCGUCUUCUUAAGCUCCAGUAUGCUUGCUCUAGCAAUGGCAAACCCCAUUACAUGGAGAACGUCCAGGGUGCAUACAUCCCUUGCAAUGACAGACACGGCUGUUUCAUAGAAGAAGCUUUAGCUCUGAAGCCAGGAUCAGACACGACUCCCCCAGGCUCCCCUAUUGAAAGGGAAUAUACCAUUGUGAAGAUUGGAGGUGACCGCGAGACAUGUGCCAAUAGAAAGGCCAGGAAAAUUGAGGAGGAGGAUAAGUUCUUUGUUGAAAUGAAUUCUGUAGUUGACAGAACGGAAAGGGAACUCAACGCCAUGGUCAUGCGUUGUGGCGAGAUUUCUGCCAGUAACAGGAGGCGAAAGGGUCUUGCCAGAAUCAGGUUCAUGUUUCUCAUGAUGGCCGUAAAGGAAUGUUCUGUAGGAAACAUACUUGCGCUACCCAGGAGUUUGAUUGCCUUUCAGAUGUUUCUACUACAAGGAACGGUCCCCAAUACUCUAUAUACUGCCCUCUACAUACUUGCAGUAGAAUUGGCUGUGGGCUUCAGAUUAUGGAUCAAGAUACUAUCGUCUGCAAGAGGCAUCACGAUGAGCUUGAAUUGGCUAUUUCUGCUCUUCGCUGAGAGUUACUGGUUUGUUUGA